GCUAUUAGUAAGAAUUUACCACUUUUGAAGAACCACUUCAGAAAGCACUGGCAAGAACGUGUUAAAGUCCACUUUGAUCAAGCUGGUAAGAAGGUUUCUAGACGUCAUGCUAGAGCUACCAGAGCUGCCAAGAUUACUCCAAGACCAUUGGACUUGUUGAGACCAAUUGUUAGAGCUCCAACUGCUAAGUACAACAGAAAAGUCAGAGCUGGUAGAGGGUUUACUUUAGCUGAAGUUAAAGCUGCUGGUUUGACUCCUGCUUACGCUAGAACCAUUGGUAUUGCUGUUGACCACAGAAGACAAAACACCAACACCGAAACUUUUGAGUUGAAUGUUCAAAGAUUAAAGGAAUACUUGUCCAAGGUUAUUGUUUUGCCAAAGAAAGGAAAGGCCGAACCAGCUGAACAAGUUUUGUCUACUGCUGCUUCUUUCCCAAUUGCUCAACCAGUUAGCGAUGUUGAAGCUAGAGAAGUUGUUGAUAAUGGUGAAUCUGCUUUCAGAACUUUGAGAUUAGCUAGAUCUGAAAAGAGAUACAAGGGUAUCAGAGAAAAGAGGGCUAGAGAUAAGGCUGCAGCUGAAGCUGAAAAGAAGAAAUAA